GACACAUUUUCUUCAAAAUUUAGGAGAAGUAUCUUCAAUAGCCUUUGCUGACUCUUCUUGGUUAUAACUCUCUAGUUUCUUCAAGGGAGUUAAAAAAACUUGGGAUCAGUAUAAUGGCAAGAACUGCAAGGACCUGCAUGACAACAUUAUUGAAAGUUGUGAAUGCAAUAAUGGGAGUGGUGGGCAUAGCAAUGAUUAUAUAUGGAUUCUGGAUGAUUGGAGUUUUUCAAAGAGACAUGGAAGAUUCUACUGUUAUUGAUCCAUGGUUUAUAAACACUUUUCUGGUAACUGGUGUUACCUUGUGCUUCAUAACAUGUGUUGGUCAUAUAGCUGCAGAUAGUGCUCAUGGCUUCUGCCUCUCCUGUUAUAAGGUGAUGAUCAUCUGCCUUCUCCUGGUGGAAACUGCAAUGGCAGCUGAUUUACUUCUGAACUCGGAUUGGGAGAAGGAUUUGCCAGACGAUCCCACUGGCAAUUUCCGCGAUUUCAAAGAAUUUGUCAAGUCAAAUUUUGGUAUCUUCAAAUGGAUAGUCUUGGUGAUUCUCCUGUCACAGGGAGUUUCAAUCUUAUUGGCAAUGACUCUGAGAGCUCUAGGAUCAAACCAGAGAUCAAAGUAUGAUAGCGAUGAUGAGUACACUCUUCCCCGCCUUCCUUUCCUAGAACCACCUCCAUACGUUGUCAGUGAUCCGUAUCUUGCUUCCAAAAAUGGUGCCUGGAAUGUGAGGAUCGACUCUCAACUUUCAUGAUUUUUCUCUCUGUAUUCACAUUGUUGAACAGAGAGCUUAUUACAUACAGAGUCGGUUUUUCCCCUUGUAUCGCGCAUCAACCUUUUCAGACAAACAAAUUGCAUCAAGCUUCCAAUGAAGAUUGCAAGAGGCUAUCAUGAUGAUGAUGGAAACUGCACAAGAAUUGGAUUGAAGCAACUAGAAAUUCCAUAAUUUGUCUAUGAGGUCGAAACAACUGUUUAACUUUGUAAUUUGCCUUGCAUCUAUGAAUCCCAUGAACUCAAGCCCAUUUAUAAGUGAAAAUUCUGAGUAGAUACUUCAUGAAAAGUUUAGCUCGCUUUUCCAGUCUAAAUUACAGCUAAAAUGGUUCUUUGAAGAUAAUACAAAUAGUAUAAAAAUAUGAAAAGGAAAAGGAAAAGAGCAACCCACCAUGACCAGGAAAAGAAGGAACAAAUAAAUGGAGGGAGAAAAAAAAA